GUCCGUGAUACGGCGGGCGCGAUUCGCCCCCACAUCUUAUUAAAAAAAAAACAGUGAUUAAGCAUCGAUCAAACGACAGUAUUCAAAUAAAAACUAAAAAAAUGUACCAUAAAUCUAUAGGGAUGUCGAAACUCCUAAUAAAAAAGACGAUGACUAUUACGUGUUAUUUACUGGUCAUCAUUAUGUGCCAUGACGGCGAAAAUGACUCCGUAUAAAUAGCUUAGCUUAGACUUAAACGAUGACAAUAAAAUAAUCGACAAUAAUUCUAAAAUAAUAAAAGUGUUAGUUUUAAACAUGGCGAAUCCGGCUCAUCUGAUGAGGCGGCAGAGCUCUAGGGACCUUUACGCCCAGAGGUCUAUAGAUCGCAUGGAAAUGAAGGAGCUGAGGGGUCGGUUGGUGACCAUGGAGAAUGGGUUGACUACUCAUAACAGGCCUAUAAUGUAUGGGGCGACGAAUGAGGCAUUUGAAGAUACGAGUCCUAACAGACGAUCCUCAGAGACUCCUACAAGUAAAGCCAGCUCUGUGGAGCGAGGAGUGAAGCCUGAAGGAGGCGAGGGCGAGAGGGAAUCCUGGGACAGCAAGCUCACCUUCUUGCUAGCCACUGUCGGAUACGCUGUUGGUUUAGGAAAUGUGUGGCGCUUCCCUUAUCUAGCUCAGAAGAACGGAGGCGGGGCGUUUCUGAUCCCUUACUUCGUGAUGCUCGCGAUCGAAGGCAUACCUAUCUUCUACUUAGAGCUCGCCAUCGGACAGAGGCUAAGGAAAGGUGCUAUCGGUGUGUGGCAUCAGGUGUCUCCGUAUCUGGGUGGGAUCGGGAUAAGUUCGGCGGUAGUUUCGUUCAACGUGGCCCUGUACUAUAACUCUAUAAUCGCGUGGUGCCUGUUCUACUUCGCGCAGAGCUUCCAGGCGGAGCUGCCGUGGUCAGAGUGCCCGAAGAAGUUUCUGCCGAACGGGUCCUAUAUCACGGAGCCGGAGUGUGCUGUCAGCAGUCCGACGCAGUACUUCUGGUACAGAACCACCCUCCAAAUCUCCGAGGACAUCAACCACCCCCAGACCUUCAACUACAAGAUAGCCCUCGCCCUAGUAAUAGCCUGGAUCCUCGUCUACAUGUGCAUGAUCAAGGGCAUCGCCUCCUCCGGGAAGGUCGUCUACGUCACCGCCACAUUCCCUUACAUAGUCCUAGUUAUAUUCUUCUUCAGAGGCAUCACGCUCAAAGGCAUGAGUGAUGGACUUAUACAUCUAUUCACUCCGAAAUGGCACACGAUUCUAGACCCAGUCGUCUGGCUGGAAGCAGGCACGCAAAUCUUCUUUUCGCUUGGACUAGCGUUCGGAGGUCUAAUAGCUUUCUCAUCUUACAAUCCUGUGGAUAACAACUGCUAUAGGGAUGCUAUAAUGGUAUCUAUGACUAACUGCUUAACGUCGAUGUUCGCUGGGAUCGUGGUGUUUUCUAUAAUCGGGUUUAAAGCCACGAUGGUGUACGAGAAGUGCCUGGACGUGAGGAACGAGACGCUGCUGGAGUUGUUCGGGUCGGGGUACAGAUCCAUGAAGUUCCCGGAGGCGGGACAGAUGGUGACGGUAGACUUGAAUGGGAAUUUGACGAAGCUGGUGAUGCCACAUCUGCCAGAGUGCGAUCUGCAGAAGGAAUUAGAUAAUACGGCCUCCGGCACCGGGCUGGCCUUCAUAAUCUUCACGGAGGCCAUCAACCAAUUCCCCGGAGCCCAGUUCUGGUCCGUGCUCUUCUUCCUGAUGCUCUUCACCCUCGGCAUCGACUCCCAGUUCGGCACGCUAGAAGGCGUCGUCACCUCCAUCGUCGACAUGAAACUUUUCCCCAACUUGAGGAAGGAGUAUCUGACGGGAGGGAUCUGUCUGACAUGCUGUUUGUUAUCAAUGGCGUUCGCGCAUGGCUCUGGGAGCUAUAUAUUCCUGCUGUUCGAUAUGUAUAGCGGGAAUUUUCCGCUGCUGAUUAUUGCGUUUUUUGAGUGCAUCGGGAUUGCGUACGUGUAUGGAGUUAAAAGGUUCGCAGAUGACAUCGAACUGAUGACGGGCACUCGGCCAGGCAUCUAUUGGCUGAUUUGCUGGAAGUACCUCUCACCUCUAGCUAUGCUUGCUAUUCUUGUCUCGUCGUUUGUGGAAAUGGCUACUGAGGGAUCUGGGUACGACGCCUGGAUCCCCGAGCUGGGCACCACGGUGCGCAAGCCGUGGCCAAUUUGGGCAUUGCUAGUGGUUCUGCUGCUGGUGCUGGCUUCCGUGCUGUGGAUUCCCGGCCUGGCUAUUGCCAGAUACUUCAACAUCCCCGUAAUCGAGGAUGAAGAGCGAGCUUGGUUCCCAGCUGAAGACCUUCGCGACUUCCACGGCAUCGAGCCUCGGCCCGUCUCCGCCGCUGAGACGCUGCUGUUCUGCACCAGGCCUGAUGGAGGGGAAGCGUGCUGCUGGCCGGGAUGCUGCGAAACUGAUGAUGAGGAGUAGACUUCACAACUUUAGAAGUUUCUUGUCCUAACAUUUUUAACUUGGACAUUUUUUUUAGCAGAAAGAACGUAUUAAGACAUAUUUAUUUCAGGUUUACCGCAAAAAGCAAAUAAAUAUUCUUUAGUGUAGCGCAUCGGACUACUGACAAUAAUUAACAUGUGUGGUGGGUGUUUUGAAUUUGUGAUGUGUGUUUUGCAUUUUUCUGGGUCAUCAGUCCAAGACAUGCGUCGAAACGUCGAAUUCGCGAUAGACCCGAAAUAAAUAUGAAUUAAAAUGUGUUCAAAACGCGCAAUUUUUAAAUAAUAGAAAGUAACAUGACAGUUGCUAGUUCAGUUACAAGAGUAGCCGUUUGCGUUUUAGCUGCUGCUAGUCUGAUGAGUAGAACGUGUGAAAUGAGCAAUAAGUUUGCAUUGCUCAAUGUGUCGCUAGUUUUCAUCUAUUUUUCUAGACCCUUUGUAAAUUCUAGUCAAAAUGCCGUCGAAGUCUAAAUUAGCCCCAAAGGCAUUCUGUUCAAUUCAUAAGGUCCGUUUUGGAUUUAGGCAGCUUAUUGGUUUGUUUUUGUAUUAAUUUAAUUUAAUAAUAACCAGACUGAUGACUUGAUCUAAAUUCGAAUUCAGCCAGCAUCAACUUGUAUACAAUGAUAUUUUGAUUAGCGCCCAAAACUCAUUGUAGAUGAUCUUAAUAAAUAUUUCGCUAAUACGCGAUUUGUAGAGCAAUAUUUUUGGACUGAAUUCAACGCAAAGGAAAGUAAUACUUAGAAGAAAGGUUUUCUUUGAAUCUCUUAUUGCAAUCCUUCCAUUUUUUAUAUAAAUUGAAAUUUAUUUUAUUGUGUUAAGAUAUAACAAUCAAUCAAUAAGAUCAUACAUAUUGUCCAUACAUAUCUAUUCAAUAUGAGUACUGACCUUGACUGUAUAAAGUGAAAUGGAAAAUAUCCAACGUCUUCUCAAAUGAAAUCUAUACAAUAAUAAUAAUUUUCUAGUCUGCAUAGCAGAGACUUUGUGUACAUUGUGGCAUUGAAGUUACGUAUUUUUUUUGUUACACCAACUUAAUGCCACAUGGUUAAAUUAAAUUUUAAACCGUUAUUAUAUAUACCUAUUGAAUUUUACAUUUGAAAUUAUACCACGUUUAAAAUAGCUUGCACAAAAGAUAUGCAUGAAAUGUUUUUUCUUUUAUAAUUAAUUGAAGUAGAUUAAGCUAUAAAUGAGAUAUUUCUUGAAUGUUAUAGGUUAUAAUUUUAUAAUAUUGUUUAUAAUUUUAAACUGUUAUGGCUGACAAUAAAUAUACAACUUGAGUAUGACAAUAACGGCAGCUAUUUACUGUAUUUGUAGGUAUUUUAAAUAGUUUAGAAAUUAUUUAUUUAGCCAUAUUCAAAUGGAUGAAAAUAUCUAGUUGUCUAUCAUGUACAUACGAAGACAAUAAAUAUACCUUCUUGGUCGCCAAAACUUUGAUAAUACUGUUAUAUUAAAAUGCUAUAAAGAGUUGUCUUAUGUGAUGUGUUACUAGCCCUAAAACCUAUAUAAAAUGUUACCCGCUCUCGGUGUUUACUAAAUAGAUAUAUCAUAAUAAUAUAUACUAAUUAUCUAUAAAUUAGUAAUUUAUAUGUAUCAAGACAAUAUCAAGUGUAGGUCAAAUGACUGCGACGUAGUAUAAGAUUAAGAUUUGAUGUGAUAAUAAUGAUUGUUGUUAUCUUUUUAACUAAUAUGUGCGCGCAAACUUGUAAAGGCCUUAUUUUCGAUUUUUAAAAAGUAAUGACUCGAUAAAAACUAUUUAAUUAGUAACAAGUAAGUGAAAAUAAGGCCAUGAAGUUUGGUUUCAUGGUUUCAAACCAUCCCAAUUACAAUUCGUCCCAUUCACGAAAGUGUUUGUUACAUUAAUAAUAAUACAUACCGUAGGUAAUUAAUUGAUUAAAUACUCGUAAUGUGCUUUUAGUGUGUACCUAACAUAACGGAUACUAUUUAACACGCGCAAAAAAUCAUGUGUUAACGAUGUCCUGUUGUCGGUGAUACAAUGUUAUUUUCUUUAGGCACACUUCCAACUCAAAUACAGUUCUAUAUUAUUCAGAUACUUCCCUACUAAUUGUUUUGAAUUCUGAGCUACCUACAUAUCUGUUGUGAAUCACACAGAUUUAGCACAAGUAACUGAUGAUCAAGUAGAUAAUUUAUUGAUAAAGUCACUUUUGCACGUUUCAUAGAAUAGGUAGGUACAGAGUUAGAUGAGUAAGUAUCUAUGUAAUGCCUGCAAAGGCAAAGAAAAUAGGUGAGAUCAAAAAGAGCAUGAGUAUUUGUAGAUAACUCAUGAUGAUCAGAAAAUUUAGUUAGCCAAAAAAAUAAAUUCUUUAACUCCACUCGUACUUACCUACUUACUCAUACUCACAUGACAUUCAUAUGUGUAAGUUUAAAUUCAAUGCCUAUUUAUAUAAUAAUCAUAAUAAAUAAAAACUAGCCUAAAGUUGUUAAAAUCUUUAGUAGUGUUGUAAUUACUUGUAAGGGCACGGCAAA